AUGGAAGGCAACUUUGAUUAUUUCAAUCGGUGGGAUACAGAUUUGGUGAAUAACGAUGAUAAUAGCGCGAUUAGUGUUGGUCUUGGUAGUGACUGUUCGACUCAUUCCAAUGAAGAUUUAGAAGUACAAUCUAAUAGUAUUAGUAUUCCCGUAUUUCGAUGUUCUAAAUCUCACCAGUAAGAACCAUUUCUUGAACUUCUAAUAGAAAUAGUUUUUGAUGCUAGGUCGUGUGUGUUUUGUGAUGAAGAACCUUCAUCAUUAAAAGUAUUAUCAUAAGCACAAUGAACGAUGAUUUAUUUAACGUGUGGUGUAAUUGUUUCUCCACGGUCACGAUGUUGUAAAAUUCAUUUGUGUGAAGUGGAUUGACCAUUAAAUCAUUUGGUCAUAUUCGUGUAUCGAAGGUUAACCGGUGGAAGAUUGAUUCAGUUCAAUUUCAGAUGUUUGUGGAAGACGUUCGUGCGAUGUUAUUUAAGGCCCCCUCCCCCCUCAGGAACGAACCUUGUUAUUUUUCAUUCGAUUUCAACCAAAAUUUCAGAGAAUGUUAGUCUUGGCUAGAAUAGCUUAUGGUUAAAAUAUCGCCCCAAAUCUCAAAUGUAUACACAAGUUCUAGUCAAUUCAUUACCGCUUACGCGAGGAAGGAUUUCACAAUGGGUGUGGGUGUGAGUGUGGGUGUGGGGUGUGGGUGUGG